AUGCUGAAUAGCUCAUAUCUUAGACGGCAUAACGAAGUAGUCAGAUGUAUUCACUUACAUCUCUGUCGUCAAUAUGGAAUAAGGAAAACUAAGAGACUAAAGACACACUCAGUUCAAUCUGUUGUUAGCAAUGAAUUUGUGGAGAUUCGUGUGGAUACUACGAUUAGUACGGAUACAGCUGUGGCAAAUAACAAACCUGAUAUAUUUGUCCAUGACAAAGUGAGGAAUACAAUCACUCUUAUCGAAGUUGGGAUUACUUCGCAAAAUUACCUUAAGCAGGUCGAAGUUGAGAAGUUCCACAAAUAUGACUUAUUGGCAAAUAAACUUGAAGCAAUUCAUCACGCAAAAGUGAAAGUAAUCCCUGUUGUAAUGACCUGGGAUGGAAUUGUCUCAAGAUUUUUCAAGGGUCAUCUUGAUGUCCUCAAGCUGGAAGAAAGAGUGAGAGUAUUCAGACAGUGGUUCUGA